CAGUUUUGUUUUGGUUUAGCGGUCGGCCCCAGCAUUCCCUCUCUGCCUUGUGCCCUCUUCCUCUCCAUCCAAAUUCUUCUCAGAACAUCACUUAAUUCUUCUCUCUUUCUUUCUUUCUAAUAAUAUUAUUAUUGAUGUAUAUAUAUAUCCUCGGUAUCUAAGCAAAGAAGGAGAAUAAAAAGCCCUUUGCCCUCUUCAACUUUAAUUUCCUGUGUGUGAGAGAGAAAGACCUUAGCUUGCUUCAUCUUCUUCUUAUUCUCUUCUUCUUCUUUCCAUAGAGAAGAGUAGAUCAGAGACACAUCAUCAUCAUCAUCAUCAUCAUCAUGAUGUCGAGCUGCAGCAUGGAUGCUGGACCUGAGCAACUGUGCUACAUACCCUGCAACUUUUGCAACAUUGUUCUUGCGGUGAGCGUUCCAUGCAGCAGCUUGUUCGACAUGGUAACGGUUCGAUGCGGUCACUGCACCAAUCUCUGGUCCGUAAACAUGGCUGCGGCCUUUCAAUCACUCUCAUGGCAAGAUCUUCAG